AUGAACUCGCUCAAGGUUCCUGAAAGCGGGCUGCAGCUGGAGGGCUCGACUGGCAAGGAUGCCAGUCUCCCUUCCCAGGCUUUUGCCGUCACCCUGAGUGACAAUGUUAUUGAGGACAUGAUCAAAUGCGUCCAGAAUGGAGAUGGCAUUCAACUUGCUCUUGGAGCCAAUCCCACCUUGCUCUUCGGUUCCAAAUCCCACGCCAUUGAGCCGCCCUCCGACUCGAACUCAUAUGAUCUUUACCUCACACGACCUUUCGAAUCGACACGAACUGCAGAAAAGAUACCAUAUACUGGCUCUCUCUUUGAAAAACCAUCAGGCGCUACUUCGAAGAAAUUGAAGACUGGCAAGGCCGACAGCACCACUGACGGCAAGACCGCGAAGUCCAGCAGGAGUGCCCAAUCAGGACGAGAUUCUGACAUCGAGGCUCUUCAAAAUGGACUUGCGGCUCAUGCUGCUUCUCAGGAGAAGACUCGCGUGGUCGACAGGUUACCAGCGAAGAAGGCAGCUAUCAAGGGCAAAAGCAAAUUGCUCGACUCAACUCCACGAUCGAUCCCCCAGUCACCCGGUCAAGUUUCACUCGGGUCGCUUACACCCAACCCUACGACAUCACAGCCCCUUGAUCGAGCCAAGGGAGACCGAGCUAUGCUGGUGCAUGAGCUUGCUGUACAGGACCGCUCAUUUGAUUACCUGGCCAAGAGGUGGGAAGGCAAGGUGGAAGACAUGGAGCCGACGCUUCGAAAAGUUGCUGAUGAUCUCGACGAUAACAACAAAUGGUCACUGAAGAAGAAGUCCUGGAGAGAUCUUGAUGUUUGGAAUUAUGAUUAUGAUACCCAAGAAGUACGACAGAAGGCGAUUGAUAACGCCGUUCGACAAUAUGACAAGCAGAGAGUCACUAUCUCAGAGCCAGAGUGGGACAGAUUACUACCCAAGGAGGAGCGAGGAACUGGCAAGAGUCUUAGCCGAGUGCAGGCUAAGAUUACAAAGACUGUCAGCACGCCGUCAAUCAAUGUUGAAAUGGCGGAUGGAGGCACAACGCCUCGAGAUAGUGGGGAUUCUCAGGACGCCAACCGGCCAAGGGUUGGAGGAGAGGCCAUGUCGAGGUCCACCUCAAACCCUCUUUCUACUAAGCCCAAGAAGCCCACUGCACAGGAAGCCCAGGUUAAGCGCCUUUUGGGCAAAUCCAAGGCUAAGACGACGGCAUCAGCUGCACCCUCCAAAACGACAUCUAAGGAUGAUGCUGCUCCUAUGAUCAAGCCUAAGCCGAAGGCUGUGCCUAAACAGGUACCCAAGAUGAGAGACACGGUCGUUGCCAAACCUCGGCCUGUGGUAAGGGAGCCAUUGAAGCAGCAGAUUACGGCCAAGCGACCUCGCGAGGAUGAUGACUCGAGCUCGAGCUCUGGAACACCAUUGUCGAAGCGCAUCAAGCCCAAGCAGCCUCUUCCUGCCCCUAGACUUAAGCAUCGACCAUCGGACGCAAGCCAGAACUCUCGCGGAACGAUAACCUCAACCUCGAUGAAGAGCAAGAACACGUCCCCAACGAAGUCUUCUCCCCUGGCGUCAUCGCCACCCACCAAUGCCUCGGAUCUGGAGAAUGAGGCACCCGCUGCUUCAAUUGUUGCGAAGAAGCGCAAGGUUGAAGGCUUCAGCAAGGGUGGUGUCACAAAGCGACCUGCAGCGUCAAGAUUUUCCGACGAUCUUGUGCAGAAGGCACAGGCGUUCAAACUAUUUUACCAAAAGUAUGAGACUCUGCACCAUGAGAUUUCAGCGCUGGACAACCCUUCAAGCAGGAAGCUGGGCCAUCUGAUGGAAAUGAGAGACCGACUGAAAACGAUGAAGAUGGAGAUUUACAGCGAAUGUCCCCCAGAGAGGAGCUAA